CAUCUCCUAGCUAGCCUGGAAGCCAAACAUACACACUCUCGAUUGAUUACCAUUUCUUUGCCGGUCUGAGGACAAGCAAGGAGAAACCAACCAUGGCCAUGGUGCUGGACGCCUUCGCGUCCUACAUCGCCGACACGAUCAAGCAGAUGGCGGCGGACGAGGUGGGGAUGCUGCUCGGCGUCACCGGGGAGAUCGACAGCCUGCACGACAAGCUGGAGAGCCUCAGGGACUACCUCGCCGAUGCCGAGAGGAAGCGCAUCACUGACCGGACGGUGCAGGGGUGGGUCACAAAGCUCAAGGGUGUCAUGUACGAGGCGACCAACAUCCUUGACCUCUGCGAGCUCAAGGCCAUGGGUCGGCGGGAUGCAGCACCCUCACCCUGCUGCAACCCGCUGCUCUUCUGCUUGCGGCAUCCCAUGUUCGCCCAUGAUAUUGGCAGCCGCAUCAGGAAGCUCAACAAGAGGCUGGACGACAUCUGCUUGCUCGGUGCUGCCUUCAGCUUCAUCAAGCUGGAGACCUACCAGGACUACAGGACCGGCCGACCUUCUGCAGCUGACCGGAAGACGGAUCCGGUGUUGGAACGCUCGGCUGUGGUAGGUGAGAAGAUUGAAGAGGAUACAAGAGCACUGGUUGAGGAGUUGACAAAGGAUAACGAUGGUAUCAUGGUGGUCGCCAUCGUCGGUGUCGGCGGGAUCGGGAAGACCACCCUUGCCAAGAAGGUCUUCAACCACGAGGAAAUUCAACACAAAUUUGAAAAGACGAUGUGGCUGAGCGUCACACAAGACUUCAGCGAUGUUGAGCUGCUAAGGUUGGCCAUCACCACCGCCGAUGGAAAACUCCCUGCAACUGAAGACAAAUCUAUGCUUGUGCCGGCCCUUCUCAACGCCGUCAGAAACCAGAAAUUUCUUCUAGUUUUGGAUGAUAUGUGGAGUGAUAGAGCAUGGACCUCAUUACUCAAUGCUCCCUUCAGCCACGGUGCCCCUGGUAGCCGGAUUGUCAUCACCACGAGAAAUGAGACGGUUGCCCCAGGCAUGAGAGCCAGAGAGCCCUACCACCGCAUUGAUAAAUUAGGGCCCGAGGAUGCCUGGACAUUGCUCAGGAAACAGGCAGUCUCAGGAGAGGCAGAUGGACUUGAUAUCGAUUUGCUGAAGGAUAUUGGAUUGCAAGUGGUAGCAAAGUGUGAUGGUUUGCCUCUUGCUGUCAAAGUAAUGGGGGGACUUUUGCGUCAGAAAGGGAAGCAUCGUCAUGACUGGGAGAUGGUUCUGAAUGAUUCUAUAUGGUCAGCAUAUGAAAUGCCCGAAGAACUGAACUAUGCAGUAUAUUUAAGCUAUGAAGAUUUGCCUCCUUGCAUCAAGCAGUGCUUUCUACAAUACUCCCUUCUCCCUAAAGGUGGAUCGUUCAGUCGUGCUGACAUUAUUGGCAUGUGGAUUAGUGAAGGAUUUAUUCACGGAAGCUCAGACGACUUGGAAGAAUUAGGAAUAAAGUACUAUAUUGAGCUGAUACUUAGGAACCUUAUUGAGCCAGGAAUACAGUAUAUUGAUGACCCAGUUCUCAAUAUGCAUGAUGUUGUUCGCUCAUUUGCUCAAUUUGCGGCUAGAGACGAGGCAGUAGCUGUUCAGAGUGGAGAGAAUGGUAAUAUUAGUAAACUCACUGCACAAUAG